AUGGUGCAACGUUACUCUGAUGUGGUGGUCAUUGGGGCCGGCAUGGGCGGCAUCUAUCAAGCACAUCGACUUCUUAAACUUGGACUGACGGUAAAGGUCGUCGAUCGGGCAGGUGGCCCAGGAGGCACAUGGUACUGGAACCGGUAUCCGGGGGCGAUGAGCGAUACUCAUUCCUUUCUAUAUCGGUAUUCCUGGGACAAGGAAGACCUGCAAACAUACCCAUGGUCGCAUAAUUACCUGGGCUGGAAGGAGUGCCUUGCGUAUCUGAACCACGUCGUUGACCGUCACGACUUGCGAAAAUAUAUGCAGUUCAACACGGAAGUCCUCUCCAUGAAGUGGAAUGAAGAUGAAUAUAUGUGGGCAGUCCAUACCAGCAGCGGCAUUUUCAACGCGCGUUACGUCGUCUCUGCUUUGGGGCUCCUCACCGAACCAAAUUGGCCAAGCAUUCCAGGGCGUAGUAAUUUCAAAGGAGAGCUUUAUCACACGGCUCGGUGGCCUGAGACAUACGAUUUUACUGGGAAAAAGGUCGGUGUGAUCGGAAAUGGUUCCACCGGGGUUCAACUCAUCACCACUAUAGCACCUGAAGUAGGAUCGUUGCUCUCUUUUCAACGGCAUCCUCAGUACAGUGUUCCCGCUGGCAAAAAGCUCGUCUCUCAAGAUGAGCGUGACCUGAUAAACCAGAAAUAUGAUGAAAUCUGGUUAGAAGCGAAACAAUCUUUUGCCGGGGCUGGAUUCCAAGAGGCCAAAGUUAGAGCAAUGGAUGUGUCCCCAGAAGAGAGAGAUCGAAUUUACCAGGACAGUUGGGACCAGGGCAGUGGCAUUAGAUUCUUGGUUGGAACCUUCUCCGAUCUGAUUAGCGACGAAGCCGCCAACCAGACCGCGUGUGACUUCCUUCGGGGCAAAAUUGCAGAGAUUGUGAAGGAUCCCGAAAAGAGACGGAAAUUAACCCCCAAAGACCUUUACAGCCGUCGACCACUUUGCGAUAGUGGAUAUUACCAACAAUUCAAUCGGGACAACGUCGACAUCGUCGACAUCAUGGAGAACCCAAUUGCCGAGAUAACCAGCGACGGGAUCAAGCUGAUGGACGGUACCUUGCAUGAACUCGACGUGCUCAUCUGCGCCACUGGAUUUAACGCCUUCGACGGAGCGUAUAGGUCGUUGCAUAUCGAAGGACGAAACCGAGCAACUCUGAAUCACCACUGGCAAACAGGCCCAGCCACCAACAUGGGAGUCGCCACGGCGGGGUUCCCGAACCUCUUCAUGGUCCUUGGACCUAAAUCUCCAUUGGCGAAUGUGCCACCUAUGCUCGAGAUCCAUAUCGACUUUAUCACCGCUGCGAUUACGCAUGUCGAAGAGAUGCGGCGGAAGAAGGCCCCUUCGCCUUCAGGCCAGGCUAAAGUGGCCAUGGAAACGACGAUGCAAGGCGAGGAGGAGUGGGGUGCCCUGUGUGACACGAUCAGCGACAAGUUGAUCUUCAAACAGGCUCCGUCAUAUUUCUACGGAGCCAAUGUCGAAGGGAAGGUGCGCUCGACUCUCGUCUUUUUCGGCGGCGUGGCAAUGUUUGCACAGAAGCUGCAGGAAUCCAUCGACAAUGGCUAUCGCAAUUUCACGUUCUCCUAG